AACGACGUUGCAGAAUCUGCUCCGGGCUGCUCGAUUCCACAAAAAUAAUCUCACGCAGGAUUUCUGUCGCGGCGCGACAGCAAAGGAAUAAACGGCGUUUCGUCAUUCGCGGCGUCAUCCGUGUACGACCGUCUCUCACGUUCUGCAUAUAUGGCUUUGUGACAUUUUGCGGGCCGCACGCGCGAAUCGCACCCCGAAGAAAAAAAAAAAAGAUGGUCCAGCCACGCGCCUCGUCGAGCGUCGUCUACCUCCUGAUCGCGAUCGCGCAUCUCUCCACGUGCACGCGUCACGACAAUUACAACGAAUAUUCUCUCGAGAAUGAGAAGUUCUGUCAUCCUUUGAACAAGAAGCACUCGCACGACCUCCGCAAUGGUACCGCGGCGAUCGUCACGUCGCAUCACAUGUUCGAUCGUUGGAUCGUCAAACGCGAUCUUACGUGCACGUUCACCUUCAAGACCGCGAGGGGCGAGGGUCUCUUCGCGGUUAUCCACAAAAUGUCUUUUCGACGCAACGGCGAUCAGUGUUUGGAUUAUGUACGGUUUAAGAGAACAGACGGUCAUUCUACAGAAAAGUUCUGUGGAGAGAUAGACCGCCAGACAAUGUACCCGACAAUGUACUUUCCGGUUCCUGAAUCUGAAGAUAAUUCACAUAAUAUAUAUAUGGAUGAUACCUUGCUGCAAUCACAUGACAAGUAUGCCGAGUUUGAUUCCAUUAAGAAAUGGAAACCGUUUACAAUUAUGGAACCUGUUAAUAUAGAAUUUGAAACUGAGAUAUUCAUCUCCAAGGAGAGAUUGUUGAAUGGAGAAUAUCUGGAUCUUAGUAUAGUUUACACUCCAUACAGAAGUUGCAAGAAGAUGGAUCCCGAGCGAUACAAACCGGUUGGACAUAAUGUUUGCAUUCGGAAAGAAUAUCUGUGUGAUAUGACUUACAAUUGCCCGCUCGGUAUUUGUUCGGACGAAUUUAAUUGCUCACAUAUAAUCACCGAUCGGUUUCCCAGAGACGAUACUGCCACGAAAGUCACUGUAGGAGCAAUCACUACCAUGAUCCUCUGCUUUAUCAUUUUCAUCAUGUGUCUGUGGAUCUGUAAGAAAUCUCGCAAGUUGUGCUGGUCAUCGGAUUGCGCCGGUCCGAACAUGUGUUCGCGGCCGGAUUCCUUGCCGGACGCGGACGGAGGUCUGGGAUCCAAUCGCGCGGUACCCACGGCCCCUAUGCUGGAGGUCGCGGUAUCUUCCCCCGUUGCAAACAAGGAUCUGCCUCCCAGUUACGACUCGUUAUUCCCCGAACAGAGUAAUCCUGCCAGAUUGUAAGUUAUUAAAUCUGAUUAGAGUUAAGCGCGUUGAAUACAUCGUCUAAUGUUUUAAUUAGGCGCUAUGUUGCGUACACCCACGUGACGUAAGUUAGGCUGCUCUUUUCUCUACACACAUAUCUGUUCCACAAAGUGUGAACAAAAUUCUAUUGGAAAUAAGAGGGCCUUGAUAAAAAAAAAAAAAAAAAAUUAAU